CGCUCGCGUACAUAAACCGCUCUAGGGUUCACCUUUCUCUCCACGGAAGCAUUCUCACUCUCUCCUUGUCGGUCGAGUGAGUGAGGAAACUCUCCAUCGAUCUUCGGUUCUUGAAUUGCGUCGUCUCCUCUUCGCCGGAAAAAUGAGAGAGAUUCUUCAUGUGCAAGGUGGACAAUGUGGAAACCAGAUUGGGUCAAAAUUUUGGGAAGUUGUUUGUGACGAACAUGGUAUAGAUCCAACUGGAAGAUAUGUCGGAACUUCAGAUCUGCAACUGGAACGUGUUAAUGUGUACUACAACGAGGCUUCCUGUGGGAGGUUUGUUCCUCGUGCUGUGCUCAUGGAUCUUGAGCCUGGUACCAUGGACAGUGUUCGCACUGGUCCCUAUGGUCAGAUCUUCCGCCCCGAUAACUUUGUUUUUGGUCAGUCUGGUGCUGGGAACAACUGGGCAAAAGGACAUUACACUGAAGGUGCCGAACUUAUUGAUUCAGUGCUUGAUGUUGUGAGGAAGGAGGCAGAGAACUGUGAUUGUCUUCAAGGCUUUCAAGUUUGCCACUCUCUGGGUGGAGGAACGGGUUCUGGGAUGGGUACCUUGCUAAUCUCAAAGAUUAGAGAGGAAUAUCCUGACAGGAUGAUGCUCACAUUCUCCGUAUUUCCAUCUCCAAAGGUGUCUGAUACAGUGGUUGAGCCAUACAAUGCCACCCUUUCUGUUCAUCAACUUGUUGAGAAUGCAGAUGAGUGCAUGGUGCUUGAUAAUGAAGCCCUGUAUGAUAUCUGUUUCAGGACUCUUAAGCUGACCACUCCAAGCUUUGGUGACCUGAACCAUUUGAUAUCUGCAACCAUGAGUGGGGUGACUUGCUGCCUCCGUUUCCCCGGUCAACUCAACUCUGACCUCCGAAAGCUCGCUGUGAACUUAAUCCCCUUCCCCCGUCUUCACUUUUUCAUGGUGGGUUUUGCUCCCCUUACCUCACGUGGUUCCCAGCAAUACCGCGCCCUUACAGUCCCUGAGCUGACUCAGCAAAUGUGGGAUUCAAAGAACAUGAUGUGUGCUGCUGAUCCGCGUCACGGUCGCUACCUCACUGCCUCAGCCAUGUUCAGGGGUAAAAUGAGCACAAAAGAGGUGGAUGAACAAAUGAUUAAUGUUCAGAAUAAGAACUCUUCUUACUUUGUGGAGUGGAUCCCUAACAAUGUGAAAUCUAGUGUGUGUGAUAUUCCACCGAGGGGACUCUCCAUGGCCGCCACCUUCAUUGGAAAUUCGACCUCCAUCCAGGAAAUGUUCAGGAGAGUGAGUGAGCAGUUCACUGCUAUGUUCAGGAGAAAGGCUUUCUUGCAUUGGUACACUGGAGAAGGUAUGGACGAAAUGGAGUUCACAGAAGCUGAGAGCAAUAUGAAUGAUCUCGUGUCUGAGUACCAGCAGUAUCAGGAUGCUACUGCCGAUGAGGAGGGUGAAUAUGAGGAUGAGGAGGAAGAAGGUAUAGAGAAUAUGUGAAAGAAUAUGAGAGAAACGUAAAACCAAUGCCCCCCCUUCUGCUGUGGCCCUAUGUUUUGUGAUAUGAAUGUUGUGUCUGUAAUGAUGAAGUCUCCUUCCCUCCCUCCUUACAGUUCCUACCUACAUAUCUGUUGUAGUCGUUACAGGAGAGUCCAGAAACGGCGAAGUUUCUUUCCACUCUCCAGGGUUUAUGUUUUAUGGCAGAUGGAGGGGGAUUUGAGCAAGUAAGCUUUGGUUUGCUUGUUAUACAAUCAUGUCUUUUAUGUCGAAAGUUCAGAAUUCCUUUCUUGUUAUGUCGUUAAAUCAUUUGCUUUAUUUAUGGAUCUUUCUCGAAGUUACUUUCCA